AUGAUCAAAACUACGUCUCUCAUACCCACAGUCACAUUUGUCCUUAUCCGUGGUAAUGCCGACGAGAUGGUCCAUAACAAGCACUCGGGACGGUGUUCAUUGCCUUAUAACGCCGUUAUAAGACCACCUAGCAGACGAUUACAGCAUGGAAGGUUGUAUGGGCUUUUGUUGUCAAGCCUAGAUGACACAAUAUUGGAUAGAAAGAACACUUCCCGAUGCCAAUAUCAGAAUCACCUAGAACAUCAUCAUGGGUAUUCUGAAAUUGAUACCCCAAACUGUUGGCUUGUGAGUAUCUUCCGUGAAUUAUAUAAACCAGAAUCCCUUCAUGUUUUCUUUCCAUUCCAAUUUUUCUCGAUCUCACUAUCACUGCCAAUGGCAUCAUCUGAUCUCAAAUCAGCCGCGUUAUUGGACCAGAUGAAGACCCACUUCUCUACCGACGCCGGCAAAGCCCUCACCAAAAAAAUCGGACUUGUAUAUCAAAUUCACAUCGCUCCCAAGAAAAUGGGAUUCAACGAGGAGAUUUACGUCGUCGAUCUGAAGAAAGGAGAGGUUACUAAAGGCCCAUAUGAAGGAGGAAAACCAGAUGCCACCUUUUCUUUCACAGAUCCGGAUUUCUUCAAGAUUGCUACUGGAAAAAUGAAUCCUCAAAUUGCUUUCAUGAGAGGUAAAAUGAAGGUGAAAGGGAGUUUGAGUGCAGCCCAGAAGUUCACUCCUGACAUCUUUCCUAAACCCUCAAAGAUGUAAGCAGGGUGUUUUAUAGAUUUGGUUUAGUGGUAGAGAUGAAGUUAGAAACCAAUUUAAUCGAAUAUGAGCACCAUAUUGUGUCUAAUAAAUUCGCGACAAUGUUGUUAAUGUGUAAUGGUGUUGAUUUUGUUUGAUAUGAAUGUGAUUCAAUUAUAGCAAUGCCAAUUGAUCCACAAUAGCAAAAUAAUUU